AUGUAUUUAUACCAACUACCAACCACCAGCGCUGUAGCAUUUUCAGAUUUUUGCGUUGACCACAGCAGGGACAGAAUCUAUACCCAUCUCAUACCGGAAGCAACCCAAGCUAGGGCCAACUUGCGAGGAGCAUUGAAAGAAUGCAAACGGUCCGAUCAUGACGAAAAGGACUUCUUAGGUCUCGUGAAGGCAAUUGAAGAAUAUCUACCCUAUAUCCGAGCGUUGAUUGAAUGUGUCGCUCAUGACGAUAUUGGAUUGAAGAAUGAACCCAAAUUUGGUUGGCGAACGACACUCUCAGCAAACCUGUUCAAUGCACCCAAGCUCGACUUUCCCGGAUUGUACGCAGACUACUCGUUCACUCUGCUGACCUAUGCCUUUGCUCUUUCUAAUCUGGCACAUUCGAUCGUGGCUUCGGUGGGGCUAUAUGAACUCGAUCGUGCCAUAUCAGACUUGGAAAGAAAGUCAAAGGAAGACAAGCUCAACGUUGCCGUCGAUUUUAUAUGCAGGGCAAGUGGUGUGUUCACUUUUAUUAGUGACAGCGUUCUGCCGGAAUGGGAGUCUUCUCGCGGCAGCCCUCCUGGAUUCCAUAGGCCCCCCGACCUCAGUCGUGAAGUCAUCAGUGCUUUAUCGAAGAUGUCACUCGCAGACGCCCAAACCCUGGCUAUCAGACGAUUGCUGUCGAAAUCAGCCUACGACAGCAACGUCGCACCAGGUCCCCCUUUACCUAAAUCCCACCCGCCACCUGCGCUCCUCGCGAAGUUACACAUUGAAUGCACCUCUUUAUACUCUUCCGCGCGUCUUUUGGCCAAGACACCGGGGGCUAGCAAGAAUGCAUCUUCCGGGCAUUCAGUUAAGGACGUUGCGUCGGAUUUGCGUCGUUAUUUAAGUAAUCAAGCGUCUCUCCAUAGUGCGCUAUCGCAUAAAUGGCUCGGUGUGGAUGCAGGGGAAAAAGGCGGUACCGAUAGAGGAGGUGAAGCCGUAGCCUUCCUGCAGUGGGCCAAAAAGGAAUUGGAGGACAUCAAAGACGGAGGCAGGCUCGUGUCGCUCGGAAACGGAGAGAAGGAGAAAGAGGAACUACGGAAAAGCGACAUUAACAACGAAUUAACGAAUGUUAACGUGUUUUUCAAGUAUUACAAGAAAAUGAACGAUACUCUUCAUUUCCAGCCUGUUCCAACGCAGAAGGAUCUGCAGUCUCGCAUUCCUGGUGGAAGAAUUGCUUUGCCGUCGAAGCCAUUUACGCCCCCAAUUCCGGCCUUUGGUCCUGGAUCUCUGGAACAUGCGUGUCGACAAACGGAGCAACUUCAAACGUUAGAUCAUGACCUCCAGGACGGACGAGAACGUUCACCCGAAGCAGAAUUGCCCAAGUCUACAGGAAACUAUGCAGGGGCGGGCUCCUAUUUCUAG